UAAAACCCCUCCUCUCCUCAUAAAAUUUCCGAUCCAUUCCAUUCAUCCCUUCCAACCAAGUUACCAGUUGCGGCGUCUAUCCCAAACAAAGCCAACUUUCCACUUUCUAACAGCAUCCAAGCACAAAAUUUCGAAAUUCUGAACUCUUCCUUCAACCCUUUGAACACACAUUUCAUUUCCAUGCAAAACCACUCACCAACCACAAAAUAUAUGGAUUAUCCCCCCCGUCCAUCUGCCACCUACCACAAUCCCAGCCCAACUCCUUUGCCAUCUCAAGUUCACAGCGUGCCAACGUUUAAAUCGUUUCAUUUUUCAUUGAGGAUGCGUCUGCAAGCAACAAAGCCUACCCAACAAAACUAACACAACCAGAUUCACCAAAUAAUAUACAACGGAUUCGUUCACUGGGGAAAAAUCAUAGUCGAAAUAAAAAUUAAAAAUUGCCCCGAAAACGCACCCCUCCCUCCAAAAGGAUAGCACCUGAGUGGAGGGUGACCUUCCGGGCAGCCGGUGAAAUCGCAAGAUGGAUCCAUAUCACCAAACAAGUCAUAUUCCUCCGUUGCAGAAUACGUCUGGAAUUUCGAAUAUAUCGGGUCAUCAAGCCACCUCCAAUUAUGUCGUGCAGUUGGAUCCAAAUUCUGGCCAUUUUGAAAUAAUUGACAGUUCUCUCGUCACCGUACCCUCGUCCACUCGGACCGUAGAACUGACUGGUCUGACCACCGUGUGUGGCGAAAAUGACGAAGCCGUUUAUAAAAUCAGGGACGACGAAGACUUUUAUAUCAGACCCCUCACUGGAGAUCAGAGAUUUCCAACGAUCGACAUCGAUCCAGUGAUGGAUGUGGGAGACCUUUUUUCCAGAAAUGUGAUUCAAACGCAACCCGAUCAAAUGCAACAACAGCAAAUACAACUUCCUGUACAAAAUAUACAGUUUGUUCAACAAUUAGAAAAUCAUCAGUUAGCAGUAACCCCUCAUCAUCAUAACCUUCAAACCCAUCCAAUUCAGGCCCAACUGCAAAUACAGCCUUCCCAACAUCAACCCCAGAUCAAUUAUGCGCUUGAAGAAGUUGGCGGAUUAUCGAUGCCGCUUGGUCUUGAGAGUUAUCAAGUUCAACAGCAGCAGCAGCAGCCUGUAACUACCAGUAGUCUCGAUGUCGUUGGAGGAAGUGGACAAGUUUCAGGGACAAUUAUGUCAAUAGUUUCUAGUUUCAUAUCCCCAGGUGCUACAGCCGUGCAGGUGGAUAAUAAUUUGAUAAUUUAUGACCCAUCUGGACAAAUUAUUCAAAUUCCUCUUCCAACAAAUCAGACAUCAAAUCCAACUUCCACACAGAUACAAACGGUAGUCCCAACUACUUCCAUUUCUUCGUCGGGGUAUCAAUUCCAAACUGUUCAGACAUCCUCGCAAUCCGUGUCUGAUAAUAGUAUGGCGACCUGGGUGGAUUUUGUACCAAUGUCUUCAUCCUCAACUGGUAGUAUUUUGCUUGAUACGUCAACCGUGUCGGUGGCGUCUUCUUCACUUCCUCAACAGCAAUAUCUUUCCGUGGGUAAUAAUAACAUGACGACAAUUCAGUUUCCACCGGAUCAGCGUGAAUAUUCAAUUUCGACGACGUCAACGGAACCCUCGUCAGAACAUCAGACGUCAUAUUACACCAUGCAAAAUGUUGAACUUGUACCAACAGCGAGUUCUCAGAGCGUAAUGUCGACCAACAGUGGUACAACAGCAACGUUUACUCCCGUAAUGCAAGAAAUUACUAGGACUAAUGAGGGUGUUAGUGAUCACUUAUCCAGACAAGAAGGUUGUAUACCUGCUCAUGAGAUUGCUAGCAGUGUUAUUAGUAAUAAAUCCUUGCAAGAAAGUGUUCAUGCAAACAUCGAAAAACCAGUAAAGGAAAGUACAACAGCGUUGAUUCAAGAGAAAGUGGAGUCCUGUACAAAUUCAGAAUCCGUUAAUGUACCAAUUACGACCACUAGCGCAGAUUUAUCUAUAAAAACAGCUUCUUCUUCAGACCCUGUCAAACACCAAGUAGUGGAUAAUUUUGACCUCAAAAUAGUUUCCUGCUAUUCCUUGUCCCAAUCAGCAUCUCAAAAUUUAAACAAGACUGAAUCAAUUGAUGAAACCAGGCCUGCUGUAUGCGAUGAGAGGAAAGAUAGUAAUGAAGAUAGUCCAGUCGAUGACAGUCCAGCGGGUAGCGAUGAAAGGGUGGAAAAUGAUAAAAUUGAUGUCAAAUCAAGCGAAAUUGAAUCUGCUAACGACCCUCAAUCAACUUCAAUGCCAGUGAAAGACGCGUGUCAUUUUGUGAAAGAACUGAGAAAAUUAAAACAUUUGGUUCCUGAUACAAAUUCACGGCCUGCCAAGACUCCAAAAUGGUUGUUUGGAUAUGUCGACGACGAUGAUGAGCUGCUUCUUGCCUUUAAAAAUAGAGCCGACCCCAUGCACACGGACAUUUGCCAUUUUUGCUACAGAUGGUUUUACAGUACCCGAGACCUUAAAAAACAUUUAAAAAAGGACCACGCUGAGAAAAACUGUCUUCAUUCCUGUAAAAUUUGUGGGGCAAGAUUUGUUGCUCGUAUAUUAAAAUUGAGACAUGAAAAAUUGCAUAAAUACGACUUAAAACAUCGUAGUAUUGUAUACCUUCGACACCCCGAACUGAAAAAACAUUUUAGAAAACGUUUUAGGCCAGCACCAUUUUCGCCAUGGUAUGAGUCACAUAUCAGAAAAGUGUGCAAUCUAGUCAGCGACAUUCCGUUUACUUGUUUCGAAUGUGGUACGGAAUUCUCCUCGAGUGAUUACGUUCAAGAUCACUACGACCGAGUUCACGCUAUGCAAGUGUGUGGGCUUUGUGGGAUGUGUUUGUCAAAUGCGAAAUCAUUGAUUCAACACGAACAAGAAAUUCAUGGUCACUAUUCUAUAACGGAAAACUAUGUUGGAGGUGCUUGGGGUCUGUGGGAACAUUGGCAGUGUGAAGAAAGUAUAAAAUACGAAGUUAUCCAGUCCAACGUUGCAUACUUUCAUAACUACGCCUUACCCUGUGCUGAUGCGGUCAAAGUGUAUGAAGAGGACUUCAUUGAGCGACACGUAGAAUUUAAUGACGACGACGUCACAGUUGUACUGGAAGGUCAAGCAAACGACCAGAAAGAAGAUGCCGCUUCAGAUUUGAGCAAUACCGAAAGUUCUUUUUCUGUCUCGUUGGAUGAUGACAAUUCAGGAGUUCGGCUUCCUUUUGCAUGUGAUCAGUGCACCAAGUCGUAUGACAAUGAAUUCGACCUUAAACGCCAUGCCAGAUGUCACGGAAAUCCUUCCAAGGCUAACUUGGCAUGUCAAUAUUGUGGCAGAGUUUUCAAAACUCAUAGUCAUAAAAAGGAGCAUGAAAGGACCCAUACUGGCGAGAAGCCUUACGUUUGCCCAAUAUGUCAACGCUCAUUUAUUCAGAGCAGUAAUUUGAAAAAGCAUAUGCAAACUCAUCAACAAACCUCGCUACAAUGUGGGACUUGUGGCAAACAAUUUAUCAAGGAGGCAUCCCUAAUUCUUCAUCAACGAGCGCAUGCACAGGAUAGGAAAUUUAGGUGUGCGAUCUGUGAUAGAGCUUACAAUUAUGCUUCCUUGCUGAAAAGGCAUAUGCGGAUUCACACUGGGGAAAUGCCAUAUUCCUGCGAAUCAUGCGGAAUGUUAUUCCACGAGCUGGUAUCUCUUCAUUAUCACAGGAAAAAGGUUCACACAGGAGAACGUCCCCAUAAAUGUGAUACGUGCGGGAGAGCCUUUAUUUUAUCGUCUGAUCUCAAAAAACAUGUUCAAAUUCAUCUCAAGCCCCCUUCCGAUAGACCUGUAUUGAAACCAUUGAGGAAGAGAUCUCAGUCUAAAAGUCUUGAUAAAUCCGACAAUCUUCUUGAUACCCCUCUGUCCUCCCCAAAUCCUAAGCAUCAUGAUUCUGGAAAUCGAAUUUCAAUAUAUUCCCCCCAAUUAAAUUCUAUCAAUUUGGUUAAUUCCAUCAUUACCGAGGAUGAAGAGUUGGACAAUGAUUGGGAAGAAGAAGAUGAGGAGGAAGACGAAGAAGAAACUCAAUCCAUUCUAUCCCCAUCGCCAUGUUCUUCUCUAGAAAAUGAAAUUAUCUCCAACAAACCUGCCGUUGUCCGUGUUUAUUCUCGAAAAGAUCAGAGAACUUCGAAUCACAACUCUCCCAUUUUAAAGGAAAGAGAAACAACGGAACAAAAACAACAUCAAGACGAGAAAUUAUUAAACAAUGACUCCUCGCAGUCAACUUCCGUAUUUACAAAUUCUCACAUUUCUACAGAAUCCGAGCCGAUGGAAAUUGAUAAUAAUGAAUCCACCACGCCUGCUUCAUCUUUGCUGCAACAACCUUCAGUAAUUAUUUCGCAACAUCCCACAACCCCCACAACCCCCAAACAAUCAGUUAGUUUCUUGCCCCAUCACAGUCUGAUAUCCGAAGAAGAUGCUGCAUUACUUCUUGCCAUAAAUCGCGGCGAUUUCAACCAUUCAUCAAACAAUGCCGUAUUUUCUACCACCUCCCAAGUUAUCGAUUCUGUCGGCACGUUCACGACCACGACGACACGGGAAGUAGCACCAAGUGUUGAAACAACGUUACCAAAAUCAAUUGAUGAUGUUUUACAACUUUCUGAAAUUAAUCAAUUUAACGACCUCAUAACCAACAUUAUGGUCGUGCCGGAUGCCUCCUCAGAAAUUGAGAUCAUUCUAGAUGAUAAGAAUAAUCGCCAAAUGCAAUAAGCAAUUUCUUCUUGCUGGUGCAAUUCGGACACGUGUGAUGACUACAUACAUAUUUAUAUAAAAAUCGCAUAUUAUGUAUUAAUAAUUGUUUUCGUCUUAUUUACUAUAACUUUAUUUAUAUAUUAUUAUAAUUUUUAAACUUAUGUACUUACCUGUACGCGUAUAUGACUCAGAUGGAUGUUUGUGCAAGUCACAUCACUUAUCGGCGAUAGUUUUUAUAUUUUUUAUGACAAUUCUCUGACAUUUUGCAACCUUUUUUUAUUGUUGUGCUUAGUAUUUUGGAUGACAACUAAUGAUUUCAAUUUCAUUGGUCAUGCUCAAACUCAAGUGUCAAUUAUUGAAGCUAUAUUAUUAUAAUAACACUGAUAACAAUUUCUAUAAUGAAGUGAAAUCAUAAUAAAUGUUACCUAAACUGAAAA